GUGGCUCCGGCGUCCCGGAGCGGUCGCGCAGGCCUACCGGAUCUCUCCGCUCCGGCCCCGGCGUCGUGCUUGGUGGUUCACUGGUUCCCUCGUUUGACCUUCCGUAGAUCUGCGGCGCGCGAGGCGAGGCUAGGUCUAGCUACGUGCCCCUGCUGCGCGAUUUUCUCGUGGGAGAAGAAGGAACGUUGCUUAGCGGGGAGGAGAUGCACUGCCUUCCUGGUCCUUGCGUGCGCGCUAUGCAAGCUUGUAGCCGCCCCAUGCUUCCUCCAUACCGGUUGGCUUUAGCAUGCCGGCUUGGGUCGCCUUUGCAUACUGGUGUACUACGUGAUCACAACUGUGUUCCAAAUGGGGAAUUAAACUAGCAUGCUGGUUCUAUGAUUGAAGGGAAUGAUCCAGUCACGGGUCAUAUAAUCUCAACAACCAUUGGAGGGAAGAAUGGAGAGCCUAAAAAGACUAUCAGCUACAUGGCAGAGAGAGUUGUGGGAACUGGAUCAUUCGGAAUCGUCUUCCAGGCAAAAUGUCUGGAGACUGGUGAGACUGUUGCUAUCAAGAAGGUUUUGCAGGACAAGCGCUACAAGAACAGGGAGCUGCAAAUCAUGCGAUCCAUGGAUCACUGCAAUGCUGUUUCCUUGAAGCAUUGUUUCUUCUCCACCACAAGCAGAGAUGAACUUUUUCUUAACUUAGUGAUGGAGUUUGUUCCUGAGUCACUACAUCGUGUGCUGAAGCACUACAGCAAUAUGAACCAGAGGAUGCCGCUUAUUUAUGUUAAAUUAUAUACCUACCAGAUAUUUCGAGGUUUAGCCUAUAUUCACACAGUACCUGGUGUUUGCCACAGGGAUGUGAAACCACAGAAUCUUUUGGUUGAUCCAUUGACUCACCAAGUGAAGAUAUGUGAUUUUGGGAGUGCCAAAAUGUUGGUCAAAGGUGAAGCAAACAUUUCAUAUAUAUGCUCACGUUAUUACCGUGCUCCAGAGCUCAUAUUUGGGGCAACCGAGUACACAACAUCAAUUGAUAUUUGGUCAGCUGGAUGUGUUCUUGCUGAGCUGCUUCUUGGCCAGCCUCUCUUCCCUGGCGAAAGUGCUGUGGAUCAACUUGUUGAGAUAAUAAAGGUUCUUGGUACUCCAACACGUGAGGAAAUCCGUUGUAUGAAUCCAAACUACACCGAGUUUAGAUUUCCUCAGAUCAAAGCUCACCCAUGGCACAAGAUUUUCCACAAGCGGAUGCCUCCAGAAGCUAUAGAUCUCGCUUCACGUUUGCUCCAGUACUCACCAAAUCUAAGAUGCACUGCUCUUGAAGCGUGUGCACAUCCAUUCUUUGAUGAGUUGCGAGAGCCACAUGCGAGGUUGCCAAAUGGACGGCCAUUUCCUCCACUGUUCAACUUUAAACAGGAACUAGCAAAUGCCUCCCCGGAGCUCAUCAACAGGCUGAUCCCAGACCAUGCUAGGCGGCAUCUUGGGCUCACUUUAUUGCCCACCGCUGGACCAUAGGCGAAGGCUCUAUGGUGUUUAAACCUUGCUCUUUCUGAUUCUUCGUUGUGCCAUAGGCAAUUCAAGGUGUAGAAUCUGACCAUUAUUGGAAAGCCAAACACGAGCUGGCGCCAAUGUGUUGCAUAAGGAGAGGCGGUAUGUUCGUGCAGCCAGCCUUUUGCCGCCUGUUUUAAUGCAAAAUCUGAUUUUACUUAAGCAGUGUGAGGGGAAGUGGGUUGGUGUAUUGUUAAGCUAUUGAAGGAAUUCAAUCCCUGGUAUUGUAUUACUUUCUCCAACGUUAAAUGUUGUAGUUCGCCUGUAAGUGUUCCACAUCGCCUGUUAUCAGUCCGCAAUCCUUCGUGUAAAUGUUAUUAAUGAAAAAAAUACAUCUUGCUAUGUUACCGAUCGACUCAUUCCAAUCA